UCUAGUUUACAUAUUUUUUUCACAAAAAAUUUCAUGGGUUAGUGUAGAGUUUAAGUCAUGAUGGAGAGGGUAAAAUGAAAUAGAUUCAUGCAUCAAUUGAGAUGGAAGAGUUAUCCAGGCUACUACUGGAAGAAAGAUCACAUUCAGAACAGUUUAAAGCAAAUUUUAUGAAGCUCAAAAUUGAAUAUGAUAAGAUCUUAGCUGAUAAUCAUAGGCUCAAUGAUGAUAUAUUGAAGCUCAAAGAAUAUAAACCUGAAGAACCUAAUGAAGUGGUUAAACGAAAGCUCAAGAAUGCUGAAAAACAAUUACAGAGCAAAGAUUGUCUCAUUUUAUCACUUCAAGAAGAGCUUCGAACCAUCAACGAAUCUCUAAAGGAGAAACUCUGUUAUGAUAAGCAGUAUGCUUCAAGGAUUGCAUCAACAGAAAAUGCCCUUGAACAAACAAAAGUCUUGUUAUCAAAUCUUCAGUUAGAAACAUCAGUGUUGGUGAAAAAUGUAGAGAAGACCAGAAAAACAGAUGAACAAGACCAUCAAAGAGAUCUCAUGAUGUUAGCAGACCGAUGUGCCCAGUCCGACCAUGACCGGAGAGUGAUUGCCCGCCAAGUGUUAAAAGCCACGUCAAAAGCACGGAAAACAACAGAUUUAUUAAAACAAGAAAACAGUCUACUCUCGUUUACCAUUACAAAACUUAAAGAAACUUUGGAUAAAAUCUGUUGGGAUAAAAGUGAACUGUCAUCGCAAUUAGACACCCUUAAAGUUCAGCACGGACAAGAUCGUGGGGAGUUGAUCAUGCAAAUCCGCAACCUUGAAUGCGAACACACCAAGCUUCAAGCUAAAUGCGAUGCUACCGAAAAAAGCAUGCAAGAAGCUUUACGUGAAAAAGAAAAGGCUGUUUUAGCAUUUCAAGCUGCCGAAAACAAUGAAAUCAAACUGAGGAAUAGCGUGUUUGCUCUCGAAAUAAAAUUCGAAAAAACGUGCGAUCAAUUUAAAGGAGAUAUGGAGUACAAAGAUCAAAUAAAUAAUAUUGAAGUUCAAGAACUGAAGAAACAUAUUCACGCGUUGAAAGUUGAAUUAGAUGAAGAACGCUCAAAAAUCCAACAGCAAUCUGAAAAUUUGCGUGUUCAUGAAAAAGAACUUAUAGUGGCCAAAGAAGAGUUACGCAAGAAGGAAAUCGAAGUCAAUACUCAGGUGCAGGACGUCAAAAUUGCAACGGAAAACAAGUACCGGGCGAUAAUCGAAGACAAAUUUCAGAACGAAAUGGAAACUGCCCGCAAGUAUGCCGAAAUCCAGAGCCAAUUGAUUUUAGAGCGCAAUUUGAAGACUAGCCUCGAAUCAGAAUUGCGCAGAUUAAUGUCCAAUAAUCAAACGUUAAGCGAACGAAUUCGAUCUCUGGACGAAUUGGAAAUGGAUCAGAAACGAUUAAAAAAUACUAUAGAAUUUCUGGAAAAAGAAAAGAAUGAACUUUCUGAGCAGUUGGAUCGCAACAAGCAAUCUUCUGCAGAGCAAUAUGAGACUUUUUUGAAAGAACUGGAAAUAAGUCGCUCUGGUCAAGCCAUCGCGAAUGAAACGAUGCUUAAGACGGUAAGUGACUUGCGAGAACAGGUCACGCAGCUACAAUGUCAACUCGCUGUUUCGGAACAAAAUGCUGAAUCUCAAGUGAAACGACUUGAAACCUCAUUAAAAAUCAACCAGCAGAAAUCUCAGCAGUAUGCAAAAUUGAUUUGGAAGUUACGACAACGUCUUGCGUUGACUAGCCAUUCCAAGCAAAUAGUCCAACCAACUUCGUGUAACGAUCUGGAACAAUAGAAAUUAAGGACAAUGUGUUUCUUUGAAGUAGCAUUGUACAGUUA